UUUAAGAAGUUCCAUGGCCGCGCCUUCGAUGACCCCUGUGUGCAGAGUGAGAGGCCCAGGCUGUCGUAUAACCUCCACAAACUGACCAAUGGCAGCACAGGAGUCAAGGUGCGUUACCUGGAUGAGGAGAAGGUGUUCACCAUUGAGCAGGUCACAGCCAUGCUUCUCACCAAACUCAAGGAGACUUCCGAGAGCGCGCUCAAGAAACCAGUAGUGGACUGUGUCAUCUCCGUUCCUAGUUUCUUCACUGAUGCUGAGAGGAGGUCAGUGAUGGAUGCCAGUCAGAUCGCUGGACUCAACUGUCUGAGACUCAUCAACGACACAACAGCAGUGGCCCUGGCGUAUGGCAUCUAUAAGCAGGACCUGCCGGGUCCAGAGGAGAAGCCGCGUAAUGUGGUGUUUGUGGACGUCGGACACUCUGCCUACCAGGUGGCCGUCGUCGCCUUUAACAAGGGCAAACUCAAGGUGCUGGCUACAGCCUUCGAUACUUAUCUGGGUGGGCGUAACUUUGACGAGGCCCUGGUGGAGUACUUCUGCGGGGAUUUUAAGAACCGGUACCGGCUGUCUGUGCGGGAGAACCCGCGGGCCUUGCUGCGUCUGCACCAGGAGUGUGAGAAGCUCAAGAAGCUGAUGAGUGCCAACGCCUCGGACCUCCCCCUCAACAUCGAGUGCUUCAUGAACGACAUCGACGUCACCGGCAAGAUGAACAGGGUUCAGUUUGAGGAGCUUUGUGCCUCUUCCCUAAUGAGGGUGGAGGUCCCUCUGAAAGCCGCCAUGGAGCAGUCAAAACUCAGCAGAGAUGAUAUCUACGCCGUGGAGGUUGUGGGUGGGGCGACUCGGAUGCCUGCGGUCAAGGACCGGAUCUCUCGGUUCUUCUGUAAGGACGUCAGCACCACGCUCAACGCAGACGAGGCAGUGGCCCGGGGCUGCGCCCUACAGUGUGCCAUUCUGUCUCCAGCCUUUAAGGUGAGGGAGUUCUCCAUCACUGAUGUGGUUCCGUUCCCGAUCACGCUCCGUUGGAAAUCCUCAAUGGACAGUGGAGUCGGUGAGUGUGACGUGUUCAGUAAGAACCAUGCAGCGCCCUUCUCCAAGGUCAUCACCUUCCACAAGAGGGAGCCCUUUGACCUGGAAGCGUUCUACACUCUCCCCCAGGAGCUGCCCUAUCCCGACGUCAGAAUAGGGCGCUUCAUGGUGCAGUGUGUGGUGCCCCAGGCCGACGGCGAGAGCUCCAGGGUGAAGGUGAAGGUGCGUGUGAACGUCCACGGCAUCUUCGGCGUCUCCAGCGCGGCGCUCAUCGAGCGGCAGAAGGGCGACGGAGACGACCCGCAGAUGGACACGGAACCCACGGUACAGAACGAAGAACCGAGCCGGAUGCAGGUGGAUCAGGAGAACCCGGAGGUUCCCCUUGAGGAGGGGGCGGUCCCUGGCAGUAAGGAGGGUGUGUCUGGCGAGCCGGUUGCCGUGGGAACCAAGCCCAAAGCGAGAGUGAAGAGUGUGGAUCUGCCCAUCGAGAUGACAGGCAGCCGACAGCUGGAUCGGCAAACACUAAACAACUUCAUAGAGUAUGAGGGGCAGAUGAUAGUCCAGGACAAGCUGGAGAAGGAGCGGAACGACGCUAAGAAUGCUGUGGAGGAGUACGUGUAUGAGCUGCGUGACAAACUCUGUGGGCUUUAUGAGAAGUUCAUCAGUGAAGAGGACAGCAGGCGUGUGACUGUGAUGCUGGAGGACACUGAGAGUUGGCUCUAUGAGGAGGGAGAGGACCAGACCAAGCAGGUGUACCUGGACAAACUAGUAGAACUGAAGCGCUUCGGAGAGCCCAUUGAGGAGCGGCACCGUGAGGCGGAGGAGAGGCCGCGUGCGUUUGAUGAACUGGGCCGAAGGAUCCAAACUUUCCUGAAGGCGGUAGAGGCCUACAAACAGAAGGACGAGCGCUACGAUCACCUGAGCGCAGAGGAGAUGGUUGCCGUGGAGAGGAAGGUGGGCGAGGCCAUGGGCUGGAUGAACGCCAAGAUGAACGCCCAGAGCAAGCUGCACGCCACCCAGGACCCCGUCGUCAAGGCAGCGGACAUCAUCUGCAAGAUACAGGAGGUGGAGGAUGUGUGUGUGUCUGUGGUGAACCGGCCAAAGCCCCAGGCAGAGGAGCCUGCUGACAUGACGGAGCCCUUGGGGGGGGACGCCAAGGCCGGGCCCCCCCCACCCACACCACUCCUGGGGAGAUGGAGGUGGAGUGAGCCGUUUCCUGUAGCGGACCCCCCCACCCCGCCCUGCCCCAUGUGUACCUGCUGCGUGCCCGCCCCCCCCCACCCCCUCCCACCCCUGUAG